UCAGUGCACAAUCACCGAAUGACGACGCAUUGCCAUCUCGUAUACAUACAGACAUUUGUGCAGUACCUUGACGACGCCUUCGCCGGCAACGGCACCUCCAUCCUCCCCACCAACCCCUACAGCCGCGCCGUCGCCCGCUUUUGGGCUUCCUACAUCGACGACAAGUUGUUCCCUUCAUGCAUCGGCAUUCUCAAGACGGCAAAGCAGCAGGAGAGAGCUGACAAGGUGGAGGAGACCUUGGCGGCGUUCGGGCUCUUAGAGGCCGCCCUGGCGGAGUGCUCCAAAGAAGGGGAGGCUGAGGCACUGUUCUUUGGCGGUGGCUCUCUCAGGCUGCUCGACAUUGCCCUCGGGUGCUAUCUUCCCUGGAUCGAAGCGAUAGGCCACCUUGCCGCCAUGCCGCCAUUCCUCGAUGCGGCUAGGACACCAAAGCUGGCCGCGUGGGCGGAGCGGUUCAGGGCCGCCGAGCCGGUAAGGGCGCUGCUGCCUGCGGCGGACAAGGUGGAGGAGUACAUCUCAACGGUUCUUUAUCCAAAGUGGAACGCCGCACUCACUGCGUCGGCAACUAAUUAGAGAUCAUGUCGCCCCGUUCCAUCGUUGUUGCUGUGCUCGCCUUCAAAUUCAGUUGGUGUUUUCACGAGUUGUUGUGCUCGUUGAACUUUUGUUACUUGGUUAUUAGGGUCUGAUCGCGAUGGAUGGUGCACAUGCGUGCACUGUCUUGGAUCUGACUUUGCUGUUUUGGGAAUAAAUUAAAGCUUCGUCAAUCUUUCA